GAACGCACUGGGAACAUGGAGCUUGUCCAGUAGAGCUGGAAAUGCCCGCCCCCCGAUUCUGCUCUGACCAAACGCGCCUCUAGCAGCGCGACACUGACGGAGCUCCGCACUGACCGCUGCCUCGCAAACUGAAGACUGAAGACUGUACAAAAGAGAAAAGUUUUAUGGGGGAUUGCAGGAUUUUACCGUAUGUGGAGAUAAAUCUCAUUCAUCGCUUUUUGGGGCAUGAUAAACUUGUAUUCAUCAACCCACGAGGACCUUUGCUGAUUUUACAAGAACCCCUUCAAACUGGGACGCCUGAAUGGAAUAAGCCAGCUGAGGGGGAUUCGGGGUGAAGGAAGAGAAGAGGGAUUAGGGGCUUAUCCUGGACAUGACCAAUCCUUAAGGAGCCUCCGUCAAGCUGUACUAUUGCCCAGAUUAUUACAUUUAAUUUAUUACCUUUUAAAGACCCUUUAUCUCCCCCGGGGGAUUCCUGGUGAGUGGGCCGCUGGAUUUGAGUAUCUUUAAAAACAAAGGAUCAGGAGCAGAGGCCGGUGGGAGUGGAGGAGCAUGAGAAGAUACAUGCAGGGAUAAAGCAACAAGCCUCCCUGCAGCUUUACACUUCAGCAGGGUGCAGGUCAAGGGUCACUGAAUGAACUUGGAUUGGGAAAGCAUGCGAUCACGUUGAUUACACAAAUCUGAUUAAGAGCAUGUAGCAGCAGACUCUCUGGACCUUGCUAAAGAAGGAGCACAUGGUUUCAGUCCUAAACCACAAAGAUAUCUGUAGCCCGAGCUGAAUUUAUUUCUGAACUGAUCUUUUUUUCAGAAGCACAAACCCAGAACAACUGUGAAGCCCAGAAUCUUUGACCACAUACGCAGCAGAGGUUUUCAGGAAUUGGAGUCAUGCAUAUUUUCAGCUCACAUUUAUCUUCGCAGAAUCUUUCUGGAUAUGAACAAAGACCGAUGGCCAAAAUGGGACAUAGCUGAAUGCGUCUGCCUUUUGAAAAACUGUGCAAAAGAAACUUUCCACUCAACUGCGGUUGUUAUUAUGCUGAGAUAUUUUAAAGCUUGAAGGGAUACGUGUAUAGUUUGCUUUCUUACGGUGUUCUCACCAAUUUUUGUGGAUAUUUUCUUUCUGACUGUGGAAAUUUACAGUUUGUACCCGGAGAAGCCAUGAACUUGGGCAAGCUCGCUGGCCUGAAGGGCCUGGUUUCCCACUCCUCAGGAAAGCGUCGAUUUAAAGGUGACCUCACCCCGGACAUGAUCAGCCCCCCAUUGGGCGAUUUCCGCCACACCAUGCAUGUGGGCCGUGGAGGGGACGUGUUUGGGGACACCUCAUUCCUCAGCAACCAUGGUGGAGCAGGAAAUAACGCAGAUGGAGACGCCUCCUCCACUUCAGAGAAGAAUGAGGGAUUCUUCUCCCGCACGCUUCGCCAUGUCCGCAGGACCCCCGACAGGCCCCGCGGCGGCUCCAAGGACCUUUCGCCUCCACCUCCACCCAUUUCUCCAAUCAUUAAGAAUGCCGUUUCCCUCCCCCGGCUGGACGUGGACUCACCCAACGGCUGUCCUGUGAAAGUGCUUUUCCCUAGUCCACCCAAAACACCAGAGAACUCCACAUACUUGUAUGGUUUGGAGUCUGGCUUUGUAACCUUGCCGAGAUUGUCCCGCACUGAGCGUCCAGCCCAGGGCAGUUCUCCCUCUGCCUGCCCGCCUGAAAUCCACAGAGGCUCGCUCACGGACACGGGUAUCCCGUCCUUCCCAUGUUCAUACUCCAUCAGUCCUUCUGACUCCAUGAACUCCUUCACUCUUGAUCUGGGCCCUUCCCUCAUGUCUGAAGUCUUUGCCAUGAUUGACAGCCCUGUGUGUGAAAAGGCCGAUCCCAUCAGUGAAAAAACACAGUCCACAGAUGAUAACUCUGAGGUGGACUCGGACGCAACCACGUCCUUGGUGGACUCUCUCCUGAGAGAAGACGAUGACGGUAGGACACGGUUGUAUGGAGGAGAGUGGAAGCAUUCGGACUUGGUAAAUGGUGAGUCACCCAAAAAAUCCAUGCUGGGGGAUCGGAUGCGCUCCUUCUCCAUUGAGGAUCACGGCAUGGAGCCAGAGAGCUUCCAGAGGGCUGCUGAUGUGCUGGCACGUCAUUAUGGGAGUGGAGGACUCAGGAAUACAAACACCAACAACUCUCAUAGGAGAGGACCAUACAGCUAUCCUGAUGAAGAAGAAGAAAUCAAAGUCUAACACUAUGAGAUGCCUAAAGUCCAAAUCGUACAGCACCUUUAAAUGGAUAGUUCAGCCAAAAACGAAUAUUCAUUCAUAAUUUCCUCAGAUUCUUUCCUUUGUGCUAUAAUGAAAGGAGUUCUUUUUUCGUUAUAAUGUAAUUGAAUGAGGGCUGGGCCUAUCAAGCUCCAUAAUCAUAAAAAAAGCACCAUGAAAGUAUCAUAAAUGUAGUCCAUAAUUUUCUGAAACCAUUUUAGUGUACAGUGAGGAACAGACCAAAAUUCCCAAAAGAUAUUGUUGACUUAUGAUAUGCUGUUCCUCUGGGCUGUGAACUGAAUCACUGAGUCACUCGAGCACCAAAUCAGUUCUGCUUCAAAUUUUGAACGAAUCAUCCAGAAUGGUUUUCUGUACUGGGUAAGCAUUGAAAAUAUAAAGACAGUUUUUUUUCAGGAAUAUGACAUUGCUACUUCUCCCAUGAACAUGCCACAGACAACUAGGACAGAUAACAAAAAUAAUUCAUAAUUUAAAGGGAUAUUCCACCCAAAAAUGAAAAUUCUGUCAUCAUUCAUUCACCCUCACAUCAAUCUAAAAACUGACUUUCUUUCUUCUGUAGAACACAAGAUAUUUUGAAGAAUGUUUCAAUUGUUUUUGUCACAUUUUGUCAAGUACAACAUACAAUGAAAGUCAGUGGAGUUCAGUGUUGUUUGGUUUCCAGCGUUCCUCAAAAUACCUUCGUUCUGCAGAAGACGGUUUAGAAUGACAUGAGUGUGACUAAAUGAUAUCAAGAUUUUUCUUAAUGGGUGGAGUGUCCCUUGAAUAACAAUUAAAUAAUAAAUUAUAAAUGUAACAAUAAUGAAAUCUGGUCUGUUCCUCACAGAAAGCUAUUGUAUGUCUCCAGAAGACUACCCACAACCCACAAGUCAACGGGAUUACUUUUCUUAAACUUUUGGUGCUUUUUUUGUCAUUUUGGAGUUUGUAGCCCAGGUUCUCAUUCAGAUUUUAUGAAAAAGAGCACCAACGAUAAAUGCCUAAAAUUUUAGUUCCACAAAAGAGGGUCAUACAAGUUCAUAAUGACAUGAGAGUGAUCAAUGAUUAUUUUUGGAUGAACUAUUCCUUUAAAAAUAUUUCUAAAUUUUGCAUUGGGGAAAAUGAAAGCUAAUGAACUAUUAUUUACCCCUACAUUCAUGGUGUUUUAAAGAAAGUAUUACAAAGAAAAAGAACAGAACAAAAAAAAGUGGAUCUACAUUUUGCAAAUAUUGGACAAGAACAUAAUCUAGUAUUGGCAUCUUGAAUUUUCUCCUAUGUUUGAUCCUACCGUCUCAUCCCUAAAACAUUAGCUUUGAUCCAGGGAAAUAAAACCUGCCACAGUUGCUCUGUAAUGCACAAUAAACACAGAUAGCACAAUGGUAACAAUAUGCUAUUAAAAUAUGCAAUAUUUUAGUUUACAAUAUUUAGAUUUCAAGUAAACCUCUGUUGUAUGCAAUGUACAGUGAUACCAUGUAGAAUACAGACAUAUACCUGCUAGCUAUCUUGUAUCUACUACACUAAACACUUUACAUUUUGCAUUCAUGUAGUUUUAAUAGCUCAUAUUCCCAUUGUGAACAUUGUGUUGCAGCUUAAUUAUUUCGUGAGAAACCAGCGAACAAGACGAAGACCUACUGGUCUCUGUGAUGCACAAAACUGUGAUGUGCUUUAUGUUUUCAAAUGAGUACAAACAACUCCGAAGAAAAAACAACCAUACUGUCAUUUUUCUUUCCUUUAUUACACGAUAAAUAUCUUAAGAUCAACACAGUAUACAGUAAUAUUAUAUGAUGUCCACCAGCUUUUAUCAAUGUUUUAUGAAAUUAUGAUGAAAUAUUAAUAUGAAUUUAGUUUGAAUUUAAGUUUUGUUUGUUAUGACAGAGGGGUUGACAUCUCUUUUACCUUAAUCACAAUAUAAUAUGUACAUACUGUACGUAUGUGCGGCUUUGCACAAGAAAUUUACCUAUGUAUGUUACCUAUCAAUGACGGCAAUAAAGUUUUCAUUAAAAGAAGCUAUGAACAACAUCAGCCGUAAAAUGCUUUAACAAGUGUGAGCAUGAUUUUAUUGUUAUGGUGUUUCAAAUGUCAUGCUUCAGAAUAAGCUUAUAUAUAAAUAGCUAAUGUGAAGCGUGUCAGUACGCACUAAACUAAAACCAAAGGAAGUCAGAUUAUACUAUGUUGUAUUUGUGUUUGACAGUUCUUAAACCCGUAUCUCUAGAGCAGACAUACACUUUUGUUCAAAGGUUUGGGAUUUUUUUUUUUUUUUUUUAGAAAUUAAUACUUUUAUUCAGGAUGCAUUAAACUGAUCAAAAAUGACAGUAAAGAUAUUUAUAAAUGUAAAACAAAUGCUGUUCUUUUGAACUUUAAUUAAUCAAAGAAACAAAUGUAUCACUGCUUAUUAUCCACAAAAAUAGUAUCCACAACUGUUUUCAAAACUGAUAAUAAAAAAAUGUUUCUUGAGCACCAAAUCAGAAAAUUAAAAGUAAUGGCUGCUGAGAAGUCAUCACAGGAAUAAAUUACAUUUUGAAAUAUAUUAAAAUAGAAAAGUUAUUUUAAAUUGUAAUACUGUUUAUUAUAUUACUGUUUUUACUGUAUUUUGUUCAAAUAAAAACAUUGAUGAGCAUAAGAGACUUCUUUCAAAAACAUUUUUAAA